AUGGCCGUCACGCAGGGGCACGCUGCCCCACCGCGCCUACGUGCUCGCAAGCCCGGGAGCAGAACCGACGUGGAUCAUGCUGCUCAGCAUGAUCGACGCGCGUGGAUCGCACAGCAGCGCAAGAACCGGCGUCUUCUGGCUUGGGGCGCCGCGCUCUUCCCCACUGACCGCAGUGAGGCUCUCGCUACACGCGUAACAGCAGGGCCCACGAAAGAGUCCGACAUUGAGCGCGUCAUGCUCCAGUCCGUGUCAGAUGCGCAGGCGCCGCACGUCGCUGCCGAGCGCGACCUGUCCCGUACGAGCCCUGGCGUACGCCGUUUGCUGUCCCAGCGCCGCGGCGCCAAUGCCUUGCUGGACGAGGCAGCCUCUCUCGGCCAGCUGGCCACGAUGCCCUCCUUCGCGCUCGGCCCGUCGCGGUACCCAUGCCGCCCCCUGUGCGACGUGUGUGGGUACUGGGGGCAAGUCACGUGUAUGGUGUGUGGAGAAGCGCUGUGCUCGCGUUCGUGCCGCCAAACGCAUCUGGAGACGCGGUGCGAGAAGCAUGCUUAG